UUGUGCAGGAGAAAACGCCCGUUUUAGGCGUGAAAGUGAACGUCAAGAAGACACUCCAAUUCCGCCGCUGUUCCGGAAUUUUGACAUUGCCCGUAUUUUCCCCGCACAGAUCCGUUGCUUUUAUUCCGAGAGCCAUGGCCACGUUAUUGUCCUUCUCCCCGUUUGUCCUGGUGUGUGCGCUGGCGGUCGGAGCCGCUCUUGCGCGCAGCGAUGUGCUGGAGCUCUCGGACGCGGACUUCGAUUAUACGGCGGCUGAGCACGACACCAUGCUGGUGGAGUUCUUCGCCCCCUGGUGUGGACAUUGUCAAAAACUAGCCCCUGAAUACGAAUCUGCUGCAAAGAAACUCAAGGGGGUCGUGCCGUUAGCAAAGGUCGACUGCACAGUGAACUCAGAAACAUGCAGCCGCUUCGGAGUCAAUGGGUACCCCACUCUCAAAAUCUUCAGAAAAGGGGAGGAGUCUUCGACCUACGAUGGGCCACGCUCUGCAGACGGCAUUGUGAGCUAUAUGAAGAAGCAGGCAGGGCCCAGCUCUGUCCCUCUGCGUAGUGAGGAAGACCUGGAUUCCUUCAUCAACAACUUUGACGCCAGUGUGGUGGGAUUCUUUGAUGGGAGUGACAGCGAGCAGCUGGCAGAGUUUCAGAAGGCCGCCGGCAUCAUGAGGGACAGCUACCGCUUCGGCCACACCACGGAGCUGGGGCUGGGCCUCAAGCAUGGCGUGGAGUCCGAGAGUGUGCUGCUGUUCCGGCCCCCCCGUCUCAACAGCAAGUUCGAGGAGAGCGUGGUGCCGUUCACGGAGUCUGUCUCCACCUCCGCUCUGCGCAGGUUCAUCAGGGAAAACAUCUUUGGAAUGUGCCCCCAUCUGACCAGUGAGAACAGAGAUAGACUGAAGGGGCGGGACUUGCUGACAGCUUAUUAUGAGGUGGACUACCUGCGUAACCCCAAGGGCUCCAACUAUUGGAGGAACAGGGUGAUGAAGGUGGCUUCACAGUUCCUGUCUGAGGGCCUGAGCUUCUCAGUGGCAGACCGCCGUGAGUUCCGGGACGAGCUGGAGGACGAGUUUGGCUUUGGGUUGUUGGACGGGGGCGAGCUUCCCCUUGUCACCAUCAGGACCCGGGAAGGGCACAAGUACACCAUGAGGGAGGAGUUCACGCGAGAUGGUAAGGCCCUGGAGAGGUUCUUGGAAGAUUAUUUCGCUGGGCGGCUGAAGCGUUAUCUCAAGUCAGAGCCUGCACCCGAAAGCAAUAAGGGCCCAGUCAAGGUGGUGGUGGCAGAGACCUUCGAGGAGAUUGUGAACGACCCAGAGAAGGACGUGCUGAUCGAGUUCUACGCCCCCUGGUGCGGACACUGCAAGAACCUGGAGCCCAAGUACAAAGAGCUGGGGGAGCAGCUGUCCAGUGACCCAAAUAUUGUCAUUGCCAAGAUGGACGCCACCGCCAAUGAUGUACCGACAGGCUAUGAUGUGCAAGGUUUCCCCACCAUCUACUUUGCACCUGCUGGAAAGAAGGACGCGCCCAAGCGAUAUGAGGGUGGCCGUGAAGUAAAAGACUUCCUGAACUUCUUGAAGAAAGAGGCCACACACAGCCCUGUUCUGAGUGGUGCCAGGGACGACCUGUGAAGAGAAGGGGAUGGAGAGGGCAGGAGGGAGAGAUGGACGAUGGGAAACGUAGUAGAGAGAAUUGGUCUGAGACUGGGGUGGGCAGUCCUGUUCCUGAAGAGUCCCUAGCAGCCCUCCAGAGCGUCUGUCUCCCCAAGUCACCUAUACUAAAUAUGCUGGACACACAAACGCUCAUUAUUGAUGUGAUAACAGUUUGGAUGAAAGAAAAUUCCGAUUGCUGGGUGUCCGGGGCUAGAACUGCUCACCCCUCGACAAGGAGAGAGAAAGAUGAGAAAUGACAGAGAGAAAUAACAAGGUACCUAUGGUCCUCCAGAAUCACUGAAAGUAUUGUAAUCCUGGAAAGUCAUGGAAUUGACAUGGAAAGUAGCCAGACACCCACAUGUUGUUGAAAAGUAAUGGAAAAUUGCCUAAAUCUAAAAACAAAGUUAAUUUAUACUUUUUCUUUUAUAAUGAGCAAAACUUAUUCAUCUGUCUUUCGAACCUACUAGUCUGAUGUCACUUCUUACCACUAGCCAAUCAUUUACUAAAUGUAGAAAUACCAGUGCACUGAUUCUGCUAACAACUUCACUAAUUAGCUUCCUUGUAUGUUAAGCUCACUACAAAAAAGGUGUCUCAAAAAGUAUUUCACUCCCACAGCUCCAUUGCAGAUUUCACAGUUUGACCAUUGCAACAACAAAAAUAAUCCUCGUAUUUUACAUUUAGCCUGUCAUUCAGAAGGCAUGGAAGAUCAUCACUGGUUAAGAGCGUCUGAUAAAUGAAUGUAAUAUAAAUGUAAUAGAAGAUAAAAAAAACUUGAUUUAAGUGGAAAUCCUGAAUGAAAAGCAUUUUGGUCCAGUGCAAAGAAUUUAGAGGAUGACUGGGAAGGGGGACCAUUUUUAUCGAAGGGUGACCUUGGUCUCCACACAUCCAGUGCAUGACUUUCAACCGUCCAAAAACUGGUCCUUCAACUUUGCACUUUGGAGAUGCAUAGGAUGCUUGUCAGGAGCACAGUUCCCACAUGUUGGCCAAUACAGCUUUCUGCCCUGUUCUCCAGAUGGUGCCGUGUUAUUGCUAACUGUAUAUGUAGUCAUAAUUGUAUUCAUUUAUUUAUAAUCUUGCCAAGAAAAGCGCUUUUCAUUCAAAUAAUAAUGUAGCCAUUUUUAAUGUAAGUAUGAUAGGUUGUAAGGACAGUUCACUUCUAAAAAAAAAUGCUCAAUCAUGAACAUGAAAUAUUAAAAUAUGCAAAUGAUUAUGACAAAAUCUUUAGAAAGAAAAAUAUUUAUUCACCUCACUUUCUAAAAUGUAAUCAAUAACCCUGGUGGGGUAGUAAACGGUACGUUAGAUAUAAUAUACAUUGGUAAGGACUGCCACACUUUUCUUAUCUUUCUUUUCUAUCCAUCUUUAUAUUUUGCCUACAAACAUAGGGUAUGCCUCUUCAAAACCAUGUUAAAGAAAGAACAUGGCUAUAUGACAAUUACGCACUCUUUGUGAAAGAUACUUAAAGUAGGAGCAUUUCUUUUUCCACAAUUACAUUUAUGAAAUUUUUUAAACCUAAAACUACAAAAAAAUAUUGAUGACUAAUGGACAGAUUGACCUGUCCCCUUCCCUUUCUCUCUCUUUGUCUGUCCCACCACCAGUCCCUCUAUCAUCUCCCAACCUUUCGAAUGACCUUUGUCUCAUUCACUACCACAUUCAUAACUCCUGUUUUCUGGGCAUCAGUCGACACCCUGUACAGGCAGCUAUUAAAAGUGGAGUCAUUUUUCAACACGAAUUUUUUUUUGUUUUUGUUUUAAGACGCACUGAUAUCAGAUUGUGUACUGUGAGAAUGCAUGGUUGAACUACACAGUGGGUGUGGUCAUUUUUAUCUUGCCACACUGGAAGCAAUGCCUCUUUUGAUUGCACGGUCAAUGCACUGAAUUCAAAAUACUUCAUUUUUAGCACUGCGUUGUUUUCUGUGUACACAAUCAUACUGCGUAUCACGGUUCUGUUUGGACAGUGGCACUACAGAACAAUGCUCUAAAUACCUCUCCCAUUGCAACCAGGGCUUUUUACUGGACAAUGCAUGCAGAAACUCUUUGCUCCCUAUUGUAGGGCUAUUGGA